AUGGCCUACAUCAAACUCCUCUAUGCCUGUGCUAUUCUUCUUGUUAUAAGUGCAUGCCACGAAAUUCUCUGGACUGAGGGAAGACAGCUAAAAGCAAUGGGAAAAGAGGAGCAAAGGAAAACAGAGAUGCACGGCAGCCAGGAUAUCAACUCAAACCAAAACCAGGAAGGUCAUCAUCUUCAAAAUAAUUUUCCAACACGGUUAGGUAAUGCUGCUUCAAUCAACCAUGUUGUCAAUGUCGCAGGAGAGAAAUAUAUUCACCCAAUUGUGAUACUUGAUAAAAGUUCUGGAUUUGACAAUACAUUUGCAGCAAACAAAGAUGAUUUUAGGCCUACAGCACCAGGUAGCAGCCCUGGUGUUGGGCAUUCUUUUGCAGGACAAGAAGACAAAACACAAAGGAAAGGCAGUGGUGUCAGCCAGUUCAUGGCAGGGAGUAUAAGGGAUUUCCAACCCACAAUACAAGGUCACAGCCCUGGUAUUGGGCAUCUUCCCAAAGCACAAAUGCAGAAAGAAAUUCCGUAG